AUGGCUGACGACUCUUUAAACCCUGCAAUAGUUAUUGAUAAUGGCAGUGGAUUUUGUAAAGUUGGUAUUUCUGGCGACGACGCUCCUAGAGUAUCAAUACCUACAGUUAUUGGUAUUCCAAAAUAGUAAGGUUUGAUGGUUGGUAUGGAUUAAAAAGAUUGCUAUAUAGGUGAAGAAGUAAAUUCAAAACAUGAAGUAUUAAACCUUUCCUAUCCUAUUGAUUAUGGUGUUAUAUAAGAAAUGAAAGAUAUGGAAAAAAUAUGGUCACAUGCUUCAACUAAAAUUAAUGCUAACUUUUCAGGAAGCCCUAUUUUAAUGACAGAACCUCCAUUAAAUCCAAAAAAGAAAAGAGAAAAGUUAAUCGAAGUUAUGUUCGAGACAUUUAAUUGCCAUUCAUUUUAUCUUGCUAUAUAAUAAGUUUUAGCACUUUUUGCAUCUGGACGUACUACUGGUAUUGUUGUUGACAGCGGUUAUGCUGUUACAAGCACUGUUCCUAUAUAUGAAGGAUUUGCUCUUAGUCAUGCAAUAUAUCAAAAUCACCUUGCUGGAAGAGAUUUAGAUGACUAUCUUAUAAAGUUAUUUGAAGAAUCAAAUAAAUAUUUUUCUAAUAAUGCUGAAACAAAGAGAGAAAACGCUAGAGAUACUAAAGAAAAAUGCUGUUAUGUUGUUGGAGAUUUCGAAGCUGAAAUGAAGAGCUUUAGCGAUAAAGGCGAUAAAGAACCAAAGCAUAGAAUGCCUGAUGGAAAUGAAAUUUCUCUUGGUAACUAAGUAUUUAGAUGUCCUGAAGCACUCUUUUAACCUAGUAAAUUGGGUAAAGAUAGCUAGGGAAUUCACGAAAGCACAUUCAAUUCAAUUAUGAAAUGUGAUACUGAUAUACGUAAAGAUUUAUAUGGUAAUAUAGUUAUGGCUGGAGGUACAACAAUGUUUAAGGGAAUUGAUGAUCGUCUUAAUAAAGAAGUUGUAGCUUUAGCCCCAUCUACAAUGAGAAUCAAUGUAAUUGCACCUCCCGAAAGAAAAUAUUCAGUCUGGAUGGGUGGAAGUAUUUUAUCCUCUUUAUCAUCUUUCUAACCUAUGUUUAUUACUCGUUAAGAGUAUACAGAAUAUGGUGCUGCUUACGUUCAUAAGAAAUGCUUCUGA